UGUGUCUGGACGGCACACCGCCCGGAUUCCACUUUCAGGCAGGGUCAGGCGAGGGAGCUGACAAGUGGGUCAUCUUUCUCGAGGGUGGCGCCUGGUGUGAUUCAGUCAACGAUUGCUACAACCGAUCGCUCACCAAGCUAGGAUCGUCCAAUCACAUGCAGCCAUACUCGUUCAUUGGCAUUCUCUCUCCCAACCCUGCGAUCAACCCUGAGUUCUUCAGUUGGAACCGUGUGGUGGUGCGCUACUGCGACGGCGCUUCGUUCUCUGGCAACAAGAGCUACCGCAUCAAAGUACCGGGGACCAACACGUUCAUCUUCUUCCGAGGCAAGCACAUCAUGCCGGCCAUUGUGAGCCAUCUCCUGCAGCACCACAACCUGCGGGCGGCAUCGCACGUCCUAUUCGGGGGAGGCUCAGCCGGUGCGCUGGCAGCCUUCCUGCACUGUGAUUGGUUCGCCAGAACAAUGCUGGAGGUGUCUCAACAACCAAACUCCUCCCUCUCUGCUUCUGCUCCUGCUGCUGAUGGCGCUACUGGUGGUACUGCUGGUGCUCCUGCUACUGCUGCUGCUGCUGCUUCUGCAUCCUCCCCAUCCUCCUCCUCCCCGCCACCCCCGGUGGUGAAGUGCAUGGGCGACGGGGGUGUGUUUCUGGACACCAAGGACGUGGGAGGGCAGCACGAGAUGAGGAAGCGCUUCUCAGCCGUCGUCAGGCUACAGAACGUGUCGGUGCACGAGGGUUGUUUUGAUCGACUCACCAAUCGCACAGCGGAGCGAUGGAAGUGUUUCUUUCCCGAGUAUUUCCUCCCGCUGCUGCACACCCCUCUCUUCAUCGGCAACACCCUCUAUGACUCCUGGCAGAUGAACUAUUCGUUUGCCAUCCCAGCGUCCUUCAAAUCCCAGCACUGGGACGAGUGCCGGUUGGCAUUGGUGGAUUGCCCCGGACAGCUUCUUCGGAAAUUCCACAGUAAGUGGUUUGCUGAACCCUAA